AUGGUGCUGAACAACGACACACUGGAAGACUACGUCGCGACGGCGGGCGGCAACGAGGUCGCACUUGCGUCCGGCAAGAAUGAGAAGAGCACGUUCGAGGGCGCGGUGGUCGUCCCGGCUGAUCACGACCCCGACACGGUGCCGACAGAGGACGACCUGAAGACGCUGCGGCGAGUGCCCGCUGCUCUCCCAUGGGCAGCGCUCGCUCUCUGCAUCAUCGAGCUGACGGAGCGCGCGUCGUACUACGGCUCCACGGGGCCAUUUAACAACUUCAUCAACAACCCGCUCCCCAAGGGCGGCAACGGUGCCGGCGCGGUCGCCAAGGGCGCCGACGGCACCAACCAGUCGGCCGGCGCGCUUGGCUUGGGCAGUGUGCCGGCCUCGGCGCUGACGACCAUGUUCACGUUCCUCGCGUACGUGAUCCCGAUUCUGGGCGGCAUCGUCGCCGACACGCGCUGGGGCCGCUUCAAGACGGCGUGCGUCGGCACCGCCGUCGGCGCCAUCGCGCACGUGCUGCUCGUCAUCCCCGCCAUCCCCAAGGUCAUCACCAACCCCCACGGCUCGCUCGGCGCCUUCAUCAUCGCGCUCCUCAUCCUCGCGUUCGCGGCGGGCUUCAUCAAGCCCUGUAUCGCGCCCCUCAUGUGCGACCAGAGCCCGGUCAAGGAGCCGACUAUUGCGCACACGAAGAGCGGCGAGCGCGUCAUCGUCGACCCGCAGGUCACGGUCGAGCGCUACAUGCUCAUCUUUUACUGGGCCAUCAACAUCGGCUCCAUGUUCGCGGUUGCCACACAGUACUCUGAGCGUCUCGUCGGUUUCUGGCUCGCCUUCUUGCUCCCCGGUAUCCUGUACAUGCUCAUGCCCAUCGUGCUCGCUAUCAUCCACCCCAAGCUCGUCAAGCUGCCCCCUCAGGGCAGCGUCGUGCCCGACGUGUACCGCCUCGUCAAGCGCUGCAUUGCCAAGGGCGGCGCGUUGCGCUUGUGCACUGGCCGCACAAACGACGAGUGGUGGUCCCAGGGCAAGCCUAGCUCCAUGCCCGUUGCUGAGCGCGAGGGGAUCGACUGGGAUGACAAGUUCGUCGAGGAGGUCCGCGCGACCUUCUCCGCGUGCGCUGUCUUCGCUUUGAUCCCCAUUUUCAUCUUGGCCGAUGGAGGUAUCGGAAACCAGAUGAACGACAUGAGUGUCGCCAUGACGCUCAACGGUGUGCCGAACGAUGUCAUCGGAAACUUCAACUCGCUCUCCAUCAUCGUUGCCACCCCGAUCCUCACGUACGGCCUGUACCCGUUCCUGGACCGUAUCGGAUACCCGCUCAAGCCCAUGUGGCGCAUGAGCAUCGGGUUCCUCCUCGGCGCGGUGGGCUGUAUCAUGGCCGCCAUCAUCCAGUGGAGGGUGUACUCGACGUCGCCAUGCGGGCACUAUGCGACGGCGUGCGACAACGUGUCGCCCGUCAGCCUGUGGUGGCAGAUCGGCCCCAUUCUCUUCCCGGCCGUCGGCGAGCUGUUCGUCAACGUGACCUCGUACGAGCUCGCGUACACGCGCUCGCCGCCCCGCAUGAAGGGCCUCGUGUACGCGCUCGCCCUGUUCAACUCUGCCAUCGCGGCUGCCAUCUCGCUUGCGUGCUCGGCCGCCAUCGACGACCCGAACCUCAUCAUCCCCUGGAUCGUGCUCGCUGUCGCGUCUGUCAUUUGCGCAUUCCUCUUCCCGACCUACUUCAAGCACCUCGACACCUUCCAGUUCAGCUGGUCCGAGGAGGAGAAGGCCGUGUGGAACACUCAGCGUGAGGGCGGCAAGGCGGCCCACGUAGAGAGCGGCGAGGUUGCUACCGUCCCUGCGCUCGCAGCCAACGACGAAAAGUACUGA